AUGCAGAGGAGUAUCCAGCAGUACAGACAGGACCACGAGGUUUACCUCCGCCUGGUUUCCCACGAGGCUGUGGGCAGCUUCAACCCCUGCGCCAUUGCAGACAGUCUGUCAGAGGAGCUUAUGUCCGAGGCCCUGGCUGACGUUGCACCAGAGCUCCAGGGCGUCUCCGCUUCCCGCAAGCACAGUAUCUCCCACUGGCGGAUGCAGGACAUUGCACAGGAGUCCGUUGACAGCUCAGAUGAGGAGUUUUUCGAUGCCAGAGAUGUCCUGGAUGGGAAGAGUGCCAUCCUCCUGGGGAUGAGUCAGUGGAACUCCAACGACCUGGUGGAGCAGAUCGAGACCCUGGGACACAUGGACCAAUCACAAGAGAGCCUUUAUCGCCUGGGGCGUCCUCGCUGUGUCCCUCAGAGCAGCAUUGAUGGAUUAGAGGACAUGGAGACCCAGUGUAAGACCCACGUGUUGCUGCUGGUGAUGCAUGGUGGGAACAUCCUGGAUACGGCAGGGGGAGACCCUGGCACCAAGGCUGGCGAUGCCACCACGCUGUCCUCUGUGCUGGAGAAGGUGGCUCGGGCACACUUCCAGGCCGCUGCAGAACAUGUGAUGAUCAAGCUAGUGGCCUGCCCAGCUGUGUGUGCCGAGGCCUUCUCCCUUGUCUCUAAUCUGAACCCGUACAGCUAUGACGAGAGCUGUGUAUCCAGCAGCGUUGACCACCUGCCCCUGGCUGCCCUCCCGCUCCUUGCCAUCGCAGCGCCAAACUACCAGGACGCCGUGGCAACUCUCAUCACCCGCACCAACCAGGUCUACCACAGCUUCCUCGAGUCCCAGGACGGACAGGGCUUCACUGGCCAGGUGUGUGUGAUGGGCGACUGUGUGGGAGGUGUGUUGUGCUUCGACGCCCUAUGUUUCAGCAGCAGCAGUAGUAGCAGCCAGAGGCAGCACAGCAGCCCCAGCCACAGCAGCAGCAGGAACAACAGCACUGAGAGCCUCAAGGAUAACCCUGAGGACAGCCCCUGUCACAGCCCCAGCCUGGGCCUCAGCUCCAGUAAGAGGCUGAGUAAGAGCAACAUUGAUAUCUCUGCAAUGCCCAGCGAUGGACACAGCCAGGCCAGACAGCCCCUCAGCAGGAAACAGAGUGACUCGUACGAUGGAGACACAUCUACAGGACAACACAGCUUCUUCAGCAGUCUGAUGCAGGAAGGGGUGGAACUGCGUCCCGGCAGCAGCAGUAGUCUGAUUUUGAACCCAGGGAGGUUUGACUUUGAGGUCUCCGAAUGUUUCCUGCUGGGCUGUCCACUGGGCCUGGUGCUGGCCAUGAGACGUACAGUACUGCCUGCUGUCCAGGUAAGCCAACUCCGUCCUGCCUGCAACCAGAUCUUCAACUUGUUCUAUCCCUCGGACCCCUCUGCCUCCAGACUGGAGCCCCUGCUGGAGCCCCUCUUCCACAAGCUGCCCCCCUUCCCCAUGCCACGCUACCAGCGCUACCCCCUGGGAGACGGACGCUGCACACUAAUAGGUGAGUCAGAGGGAAAGUCUGACGGUAUCCAGAGCCACCCAGAGGUGUUCCUGGAGGCAGAGCCCAGUCCUGGUGCCCCGACCGUGCCCCCUUCCCCUGAAACAGACAGUGGGAGGGGAGGAAGUGGGCGCAGGGCCAGUGUGUCCAGCAUGGACAGUGAGACGUCCUUCUGCUCUGUGGGCCGGAUGAGUAGUAUCAUCACCAACAUUUCCAGUAGCUGGUGGGGCUCUAAGAGGUUGGACUAUUCUCUGUACUGUCCAGACGUCCUGACCUCCUUCCCCACUGUGGCACUGCCUCAUCUCUUCCAUGCCUCCUACUGGGAGUCCACUGAUGUAGCUGCGUUUGUGCUCCGACAGCUCAUGCGAUGCGACAGUGUGAAGACCCAGGAAGCUGACAGCAAGGACUCAGCCCCCUUCUCUCCAUCUAGCCCACGGGAGAAGUGGCUUCGCAGGAGGACGCCUGUCAAACUGAGGAAUGUGACUGGCAACCACAGGGUGAAUGAUGUCAUCACCACAGAGGAGGGACCACAGACUCUGGUUGGUCGGUUCAUGUACGGCCCCUUGGACAUGGUGACUCUGACUGGAGAGAAGGUGGACAUUCUCCUGAUGACCCAGCCCCAGUCCGGCCGCUGGGUCCACUUUGACACAGAGGUGACCACCAGUAGUGGCAGAGUGGUCUACACCAUCCCCAAGAGCAAGAAGCUGGCCACCGGGGUCUACCCUAUCAAAAUGGUGGUCAAGGGAGAUCAGACGAGUGCGGAGGCCUACCUGACGGUGCUGCCCAGGGGGAUGGAGUGUGUGGUCUUCAGCAUCGAUGGCUCCUUCGCUGCUAGCGUCUCCAUCAUGGGCAGCGACCCUAAAGUCCGUCCCGGAGCUGUGGACGUCGUCAGACACUGGCAGGACCUGGGCUAUCUUAUCAUCUACAUCACAGGGAGGCCAGACAUGCAGAAGCAGCGUGUGGUGUUAUGGCUGUCCCAACACAACUUCCCCCAGGGCAUGAUCUUCUUUUCUGAGGGCCUGGUCCACGACCCACUGAGACAGAAAACCAUCUUCCUCAGGAACCUAGUGCAGGAGUGUCACAUUAAGAUCAACUCAGCCUAUGGCUCCAUGAAGGACAUCUCCGUGUACAACAUGCUGGGUCUGAGUCCUUCCCAGAUUUAUAUUGUGGGCAGGCCUUCCAAGAAGUACCAGAAUCAGUGUCAGUUCCUAAGUGAUGGCUAUGCAGUGCACCUCUCCUCACUGCAGUUUGGCCACCGGGCCAGACCCAAGAAGCUUUCCUCAGUGCGCAUGGUCCUGAAGAAAGGCUCCUUCGGCCUCUCUGCCAAACCUGACUUCCUGUGUAAACGCACCCACCUCAGGAGAACCAUGUCUGUCCAACACCCUGAUCCUCCCUGCACCCCCAACCCCAAGCCUGAGCGGGCCCAGAGCCAACCAGAGUCUGACCAGGACCCCGGGGGAGGAGGGGGCGGCGGCUAUGGUGUCUGGGGGCGGGCCUCCAUGCACCGUGGGGACACGACACCCUGA